AGUUGACGUCUGGCAGGCGUGUGUGCGGGUCGCGGGCCCAGGCUGGACACGCGACUCCCUCUCUGACUGAGUCGUCGCUUCCCGGGCCGUCAGUCCCGAGCGCGAAUCGGGUGGAGUCACAUCUCAGUGCCUUUGAUAGUCACCGCCAAGGAUACAAGGAGUGUUACCGUUUGUGAGUCGCGGGUGAUAACUAGUGGUGUUCAAGGAAGGCGUCCAUGGCCGAUGCCGCCCACACAUUGACUUUUGCAAGCUUCUGUGGUCAUGUGCAGCUCCACGCCCUCCUCCACCAUGACAGACUCCCAGAAAGCAAGAAGAAGCAACAAGCCCCUGAUGGAGCGUCGCCGGCGGGAGAGGAUCAAUACUUGCCUCAACGAGCUCAAGAACCUCGUCCUCACCGCCCAGAGGAAGGACCCAAGCCGAUACAGCAAGCUGGAGAAGGCGGACAUCCUGGAGAUGACAGUACGCCACGUGCAGGCCCUGCACCGCCACGAGGCCGCCACGGGCCGUUCUCUCAACACUGACUCCACGGCAAAGUAUCGUGCAGGUUUUACUCAGUGUGCUGCUGAAGUCAGCAAGUUUCUGGCCGGCGUCAGUGGCCUUCCUGCGGAUCUACACACCCGCAUCCUGUCCCAUCUCAGCUCCUACAAUUCCCCUGAAUCUCAAGCCGUGAGACCUGAGGCUUCGGCAGUAAAGGCUCUCACGCCCAGCGUGUCAGUACAGCAGAAAGAGGCCCAGCAAGGCCCGGCGGCAGGGGUGCCUCUAAUUCAAGCGAGACUGACAUCUGGACAGCUGGCGCUGGUGUUGCCAUCAUGGACGGCUCUCCCCACUGGCAGCAGCCCUCCCACCGCAGCAGCGUCGCCGGAGUCAGCUGGUGCCCCGUCAUCGCCUGAGUCAGCCCGAGGCAGCCCGCAUGUUUCACCUGACUCCCAUGAGGGGCAUCCCGCUCCUGACGUCUCUCCUGCUAUUGAGAUGCAAACGUCUUCUCGCCUCCAUCCCAGUCUUGGUCACACGAGUCCGCCCUUGGGCACGUCAGACCCCCAAACCGCACCACAAGUGGCCCCACUUGACUUAGCGACACCUCACCGCCGCUGUGACCCUGCAUCCCUCCAUACGGCACGGCAACGGCCAGAGCCAGAAUCUAGAGGAGAAGAGCCGUCGCCGCCAAGCAGGCCUGAGGCGGCCGUCACCCUCCCUCGGCCCCCUGCCGCGAUGGCGCCGCUUCACCGAGGACCGAAGUGCCCCGCAACAACCUCGAGGUUACCUGGGCAAUGCCAGGAACUUCGCACUCACCGCCACGCCCCCUACCCCGCCCACAGUGCUAGGCCCCCCAGCCAUCACCAGCAUCAGCAAAACCCCCACUGGCGCCCGUGGUGAUCCUUUCUCCUCACAAUGAGGCGCAUGAAUGUGACGACCGCCGCUGCACAGGACAUGACUGUGUGAUCGGUGGUAGAUUAAGAUUGUAAAUACUGUAAAUAACAAGGAGACUACAUCCCAUCUUCCACUGCUGUCGUCUGUGAUGCCCAGUGCCUUGAGGCGUGCCUGAGGGCCGGCCACUGUCCCUUUCGCUUUCUGUCACUCAGAAAAGACUAGCACUGUUUUCUAUUGUUUUGGAGAAAUGUAUAUAUCACUGUAGUACAUGAAGCUUCGUGUUCCUAAUGUUUAUGGUGCUGUGACGCGUGAUGACGAGCUAUAUGCGAGCACAACGUGUGUGUGUGUGUGUGUGUGUGUGUGUGUGUGUGUGUGUGUGUGUGUGUGUGUGUGUGUGUGUGUGUGUGUGUGUGUGUGGGCGCGAAAGUUUUUCUCUUAAACCAGUGAAGAGUCUAAGCACAGGUGUGUCCUGAUAGCGUUACCGCACAAAAGGAAGGACGGUCCAUUGUACGGAGGAAACUUUUAGCAGGAGGGGAGUAAGAGGCAAGUGCCUCCCCGCUGACGGUGAACAGGUGAUUCUCACACAGACCUGCUGCCUCACCCUGCUUGUCCGAGGGGAAAAAAGACACUUCUGUUUCAGUAUUCACUAGAGUCAGUACAAAUAUGACCUAUAUAUGUUUAUAUUUCUGAAUAAACCAUUAUGAAAUCA